GUAUAGGUUGCCAGUAAUCUGAUCCUUGCGAGUAUGUUUGCCCCUAGGCGAUCCCAAAAAUCUGUGCGCAAACACAAGGAUCCGAUUAGUGGCAACUCAUCAUCACCCUGUUACACUUUCCCACCGACGCAGCACCAAAGUUUUUAUAGAAACUUACUCUCAUUCAUAAUUAUGCGUGCAAUCAAGUUUGUUUUAAAAUGUAGCCAGGUGUCAAUCUUCCGGGCCGUUCUGCCACACGAAUCGUUUUCAGUCACGUAGAUUAGCCGCGUUUGCGUGACUAAAGACAAGACGUCUCUUCCAGAAAUGGCGGAUUCUACUCGAUCGCUGCAUAUUUCGCUACCCACCCGAAAUACAGAAGAGUUCAACGCUUUCUUGGUUAAUAUUGCUGACGAAAUAACAGAAGAAGAUUUAGAGAAAAUGAUAUUUCUCUGUGACGGACAAAAAAACAAUAAUCAUUUGCCACGAGGAAAGCUCGUUGCUAUCAAAAAUCAAAUUGAGUUUUUGAGCUUCUUAUGCCAACACGGUAAAAUCAGCCUAGAAGAUGUGUCCUAUUUGGUAUGGCUUCUUAGAAACGUCGGACGUGCUGGGCUAGCCGCUUUGAUUGAGGAACAAGGUAUACCGUCGUCGCCGGGUGGUCAACCUCGAAAUCUGCCGUGUUUAACCAAGCACUUUGUUGGAAGAGACGCGGGCGUAGAUGAAAUCAUAAAGAAAGUGGAGACCUUUCGUAUGGUUGUUCUUCUUUCUAUCCCAGGAAUGGGGAAGACUGAAGUGGGAAUCCGUGUAAGUAACAUAUUAAAGCAGCAAAGAGUUGACCAGUUUGUAACACAUAUCCGAGUAGAGAGUCAUCAUCAGAAGCUCGUAGACAUCUGCAGUGAGAUUCUUGAUCGAUUAAGUAGUCGCACCUGGUCGUCAACCACUGAUUUUAAGUCUCUUGCGAAGCGUAAACUAUCGGAGCGAAAGAACCCAACUGUCAUUGUACUAGACAAUACAGAGAAUAUACAGGGCGAGGAAUUUGAUGAAUUCGCUAAAUGGCUCGUGAAAUCUGCCCCGAAUGUUAAGUUGAUAAUCACAACUCGAAAAGAUGUUGGAUUCAUUUCGGCAGACGUGUUUACGUUUCCUCUCAAACCUUUGGAUCUCGACUCGUCUGCUACACUGCUUCGGAGUCUUGUUGAUGACUGUGGUGAGGAACACUCCAAGGAACUUGCGAAAUUAUGUGGUGGAAUACCGCUCCUUCUUGUGACCUGUUCAGACUCGCUGAACAAUGGUUUUAGCCGCGAGCUGUUAAUCCAACAGCUCGGGAAUAAUCCCAUACUACUUUUCAGGAUCAGCGCGAACGAUGUUUAUAACACGCUGCAAUUAUUCUUUGACAGUUUUUCCGAUGAGGUAAAAACAAAUCUUGUCCUUUUUUCUGUUUUCCCAACCGCGUUCUCAGCUGUAGACAUCCAGUUUCUUUUUGAAGAUCCUUUACACUGUGAAACAGUGAAGACCAGGAUGGUCAAGUAUGCUCUUCUUCAGAAGGAUGCCGAUGGAGAGAUGAGGAUGCAUCCUUUGAUCCAAGACUUCUUCCGGACAGAGAAAGAGUCUCUAGGCAUGGAUGACCUGUGGCGCGGCACUCAGCGUAAAUUUAACCACCAUUACCUUGGCCUUCUGAGAAGCUUGAGCAAAGAGUUUAUUAGCAAAAAUUCAGCUUCGGUUGCGAUCCGUAAGUUUCGACUGCAGAAAGCCAACAUCAUGGAAGCGCUAAAGAAUUGUCUCGAAGACUCUAGCGAUUUAAAUGACAAACAUUUCGUUUUAGACGUCGUCAACAGUACAGAAGUACUGGAUUUUGUGGCAAAAGUUCUAAUACCCCCUAAAGAGUGCACAGCACUGUACCAGAAAUGCUGUGAUAUUGCUGAAGCGUCCGGCGAUAAGAAGAGGCAUGCUGAGAGCUUGAAUUCACUGGGAUUCCGUCUUCUCUGUGACGUGUCUCACAGCAAAGACAGCCCUGAGGAAAACCUAGCCAUACUUGCAAAGUUUCAGGAAGCAUAUGAAAUGCGCAGGACAUUACCAGAGGAGGAACAAAAGUCCCAAACGCAUGCGCACACCGCUAGUAAGCUCGGAGUAUGUUUUGUUUUGCAGGGACAUGAAAAAAAAGGACGAGAGCUCAUACAGGAAGGAAUUUCAAUAAGAGAUUCUUUAGGCGACCGUUUGUAUGUUGCUGCUGGAAACUGUGACCUUGGAAACUCUUAUCGAUUGUGUGGUGAUCAUCAAAAAGCAAUCGAAAUUUGGAAAGAGAACACUCUGCCAGUUUACAAAGAGCAGCUUGGUAACCACCCCUGGACAGCUUCAAUUUUGUCCUGCAUCGCUGACUCGUACAAGGCCCUUGCGGCUGGAAGCUCUGAGCGAGGUAUCAUCGACCAGGCCGAGAUGUACUACAGGGAAGCUCAAGGGCUACGAGAGAGGCUGUUGGGUCAUCAUCAGGAUACAGCUCGUUCGUGCGUUCAGCUUAGCGAUGUCUUAGUCCUUCAAGGACAAUUCGAUGAGGCUUUGAAGGAGCUCAAUAAGGCCUUUGAAAUUCAAAAGGAUAUUUUGGGUCCUGACCACAAGAUCACGAAGAACACUGUGAGCAAAAUGAGUGUCGUGAUGGACAAACGAGGAUAAAAUCCUCGUUAAUUGCAUAUUCUCAAAACCGAAACUCGAGGUAAAACUCUUGGGUCUUGGUGAACAGACUGAAGCAUGAUUACAAAACUUAGGCCAACUACAUGGUAUCUCAUUAGUGUUGCAAAGAAAUUGUUAAAUUCAUUAGCAUAAUAUAAAAAUCAAGUUUUUGCCUUGUUUUGUCAUUGUUACGUACGGUUUUUACAGUUUGGUUCAUCCCCAUCGUUUGUAUUGUGUUUCGGUAUUGACAUGCCACAGAAUUAAAGUG